AUGGCCGCAUCUACGCAAACCGUUGUCCCGUUGCUCAUUGCCGGCCAGGAGGAAGCUGGCGCCGCGACUUUUGACGUUGUCAGCCCUUAUACGGGCGAGACUUGCUGGAAGGCCGCCGAUGCAACUGAGGAGGAUGCUGUGAGGGCGGUAGACGCCGCGGCGGCGGCCCUCCCUGCCUGGUCGCAGAUGAAGCCCACGGCGAGGCGUGAUGUCCUGCUUAAAGCUGCUGACAUUUUGGAAAGCCGCCUAGAGGAGAAUGCCUCCUACAUGCGCACGGAGAUGGGCGCAGAUGUGGCAGCGUCGCAAUAUUUUGUGGUGCCACUAAGCAUUCGGAUGCUUCGCGAUAUUGCUGGCCGCAUUACCUCUAUCUGUGGUAGCGUCCCAGUCGUUGAGGAGGAUGGCCAGAGCGCCAUUGUCUUUAAAGAGCCUAUUGGUGUUGUUCUCGGAAUUGUUCCCUGGAAUGCGCCAUAUGUCUUUGGCAUCCGAUCCGCCGCCUGCGCACUUGCUGCUGGUAAUACUACUAUCCUUAAGCCCUCUGAGCUCUCACCCCGCUGUUAUUGGGCCAUUGGAAAGGCACUCCAGGAUGCUGGGCUCCCGGAAGGAUGCCUGAAUAUUGUGUCCUGCUCAGCCAAGGCUGCUCCUGCAGUGGUGAACGCUAUGAUUGAGCACCCCGCCGUUCGCAAGAUCAACUUUACAGGCAGCACCGCUGUUGGCCGUAAGAUUGCUGAGGCGUGUGGUAGAAAUCUUAAGCCGUGCCUUAUGGAGCUAGGAGCGGGAUCAUUCUUGAAUUCUGGCCAGAUCUGCAUGUCUACUGACAGAAUUAUCGUGCACGCUUCUGUUGCAGAAAAGUUUGGCGAAGCACUCAAAAAGGCAGCGGCUCAAUCCAGCAACGGCGCUUCCGAAAGGCCAACUCUAGUAUCUGCUGCAUCAAAGGCCCGUGUCCAGAACAUCGUCUCCAAUGCUCUUUCAGCAGGCGCCAAUCUUCUCAUUGGAUCAGCGGACCAGGUCAACGACAAGGGUGUUCGAAUCACCCCUGUUAUUCUCGGCAAGGUGGACAAGAACAUGGCCGUGUGGAAUGAAGAAGCUUUUGCGCCCGUGGCCGCCUGCAUGACUGUCGAGACUGAUGACCAGGCCGUUGCACUUGCAAACCAAGGAGGAUAUGGAUUGUCGGCCGCUGUCUUUACAGAGAACUUGCGAAAGGGUCUUGCCCUCGCCAAGAGAAUUGAGUCCGGUGCCGUACACAUCAACAGCAUGACCAUUCAUGACGAGCCUGUCCUGCCCCAUGGCGGUGUCAAGGACAGCGGAUGGGGCAGAUUCAACGCCAACAUGGGACUGGACGAGUUUCUUGUUACCAAGACCGUCACAUGGAAGGAUUGA